AUGAAAAGCGGGAGUUUUGGGUUUGGUAUUCUCGAAAGAAAUGGACGCGGUCGAAAACCAAAGCAAAGCUCCAGCUAUCAAAGCUUUGGAUUCUCUCUUCAAGCUCACCCACGUCCACUUAUGUUUAGUGAACUUCAACUCAACGUCUUCUUUGCUCAAACACGGAUGGUGUUUAUAAGGAGACUUGACAAUAUUCUUGCUCAUGCGAAAGUGAAAGCAAUAAAUCCUCUCGACAAAAGGAUAAGAGCUGCUCAAGCAUUUUUCAUGCGACCAAUGGCAAGUGCUCUGCAAUUUAUUUUGAACUUGUCUAUAGUUAUCUUGGUUUUAAUUAUUUUCAUCACCAAGACACUGACUGGAACAAUUUUUUAUGCUGAUGAUAUUCAUUUAGAAACUGUUGCUUUAGCAAAAGGUAAUGUAGACGCCCCGCUUGUUGCUGCCAUUAAAAAGAGGAAAAAGAAAACAAGACACGCUCUGGGGAAAUUGUGUAGGGAUCAUGAAGAACUUCAAUUCAAAGGAAUGUUUGAGGAGUAUUCUGCCAUGAUUGGUAAAUAUUGGUGGCAGAGAUACCUGCUAUUCUCCAGAUUUGAUGAUGGUAUAAAAAUGGAUGAGGAAGGGUGGUUUUCUGUCACUCCAGAGCCUAUAGCUAGGCAUCAUGCAUCCCGUUGUGGGAGUGGCAUUGUAGUUGACUCUUUUACUGGAGUUGGUGGGAAUGCCAUUCAAUUGGGCCCAGAGGCAGAUACUGUCUUCUUAUCACCUCCUUGGGGGGGUCCUGAUUACACUAAAGUAAAGAUGUAUGACCUCAAUACAAUGCUUAGGCCAUGUGAUGGAUAUUUCCUGUUUAAUGUUGCAAAGAAAAUUGCCUGCAGAAUUGUCAUGUUUCUCCCUAGAAUUGUAGAUAUCAACCAAUUGGCAGAAUUAUCUAUGUCUGCCCAGCCUCCUUGGUCAUUAGAGGUUGAGAAAAACUUUUUGCAUGGCAAGUUGAAGGCAAUAACUGCUUACUUUGAGGUGGCGACAGUUACAGGACAAUAAAUCAGCAUUAUUCAUAUGCACUAUGGAGUGAUCGAAGAGAAUGGGGUCAGCUUUUUGUGGAUCUUAAGCCACCUGAUAUUUUAAAUGUUGUUCUAUAGAUUCCUCAAACCGGCCUUUCUUUUUCUUUAUGUCUUCUGCUUCUUUCGGGCAGCAGAGUGUUUUACCAACAACCUAAAACCCUGUAUAUAAUGCUGCAUUAAGGCAGUAGUUUGAUGUAAGUCAGAAAUAGUUGCAUUUGCAUUAUUGCCUUAUCUUCGAGUUACGCAUGUACAAUCACCACUUUUUCAUCUGAGUGUUCGUGCCCAUACGCAAGUCUUAUGAGUGGAGACUUAAGUUACAGGCUUGUGCAGCUCCAAAAUAUGGGGAUGGUUUUUUUCGCGUUUAGAUCAACUUAAUACAAGGUUUAC